AUGUCCGGUCAGGCUAUUCGCUUUGUCGCUGCGGUGGCGGCCAGGCCAAGUACGGGCACAAUACAAUUGCUCUGUCAUGUGAAGCCUGGUGUCAGUGCCAGUCGCGAGGGUAUUGCUGCUGUUUCAGACGAGCGCAUCCACCUAUGUGUUGCAGCUCAGGCGAGAGACGGCGAGGCAAAUAAAGCUGUGAGGCGAGUCGUUGCCGAUGCGCUUGGAGUUCCAAAGUCUGAUGUCGAGGUUAUCAAGGGUAUGAAGAGCAGGGAUAAGACGGUGGCUGUGCGGACAAGUCUCCUACAAGCGCCCGAAGAACAAGUCGAGAGAACAAAACUUAUGCUACAAAGAAGUUCUGAAGCAUAA